CAGCUUUUAGCCUUUUGCCCGCAAACCCUAAUUGGGGGCACAAUGGUACAGCUCCUCACAUUAAAUUCUCUCUCACUGCUGUACUACUCUCACUCAUAUUGAUCGUAUCAUCACCAUUUUCAUCAUUUCCUCCAUUUUUUUAUUAUUAUUAUGUAAUCCUCAGGGCUUCUACUGUUAUGUGUGUUGGUUAGGUAGGGGAGAGAAAGAAGCUAGAACCCUUUUCUCUAUGUGUACUGCUUUUUCCAUCUCCAGCUCUUUUCACUUUUAUAUAAACAAUACCCAAUACUGAUUUUCGUCUGGCAGUGGCUGUAAUACUCAUUUCAGAGAGAGAGAGAGAGAGAGAGAGAGAGAGAGAAGGAGGGAGAGUGAUGGGUCAUCACUCAUGCUGCAACAAACAGAAAGUUAAGAGAGGACUGUGGUCACCAGAAGAAGAUGAGAAACUCAUCAACUACAUUUCAAGCUAUGGCCAUGGUUGCUGGAGCUCAAUUCCUAAACAUGCUGGGUUGCAGAGAUGUGGAAAGAGCUGCAGAUUAAGAUGGAUAAAUUAUCUUCGACCUGACCUAAAACGUGGAAGCUUCUCUCCUCAAGAAGCAGCUCUCAUUGUUGAACUCCAUAGUAUUUUAGGCAACAGAUGGGCACAGAUAGCUAAGCAUCUACCAGGAAGAACAGAUAAUGAAGUGAAGAACUUCUGGAAUUCAAGCAUAAAGAAGAAGCUUAUCUGUCAUGAUGUUCCUGGUUUAGCCACCUUCGCUGAUGUUCACAACCCAAGUGGUGGUUCUGAGGAAGCUUUCUUCUCUCUCACUGGAAACCCUAAUCUCAUCCUCAGUACUGCUCAACAAGACCAGCACUACCUUCCUUCCCCAGCUUCAAUGCUGCAAAGUUUUGGCCAAGGAGAUGUCAAAUUCAACCAAUCCAAUAAUUACAAUCUUGAUUUAGAUAAUUUCACGCCCUCAAUAAUCCCAUCACCACUAAAUAAUAGUUCAUCUUCCUUAGAUCCAAUGUGGGCAUUGCCUUAUCCACCUCAGCACCUUGAUCCAAGUCAUCAAGAAGAUCAAAUUUUGAGCAAUGGCACAGGUCCACAUUAUACUGGAGAUCACAAAUUUAGUCAGGACCAAGCUAUUGCAAUAAUGCCUAAUUAUGAGAAUCAAGGCAUGUUGCCUAUGAUGCCAAAGCUGUCUGAGAUCAUUGAAGGAAGUGUUUGCUGCAAUAUCCAAUCAUCGUCAUCAUCGUCUGCUGCCUUACAAGAAGUACUAAUUGAUCCAGUUGCUAGACUUCCAUGUUUUCCUUCAGGGUCUUAUAAUCCACAUGAAGUGCCUACAAAUCAGAUGGAAUACAUUGAUGCAAUCAUGUCAUCACUGCCAUCAUCUUCAUCAUCCUCAUCACUAUCAGCAUUCUCAAGUGUUCAAUUUGGUGCAAACCCUAAUAAUAAUAAUGUCAAUAAUCUUCCUUCAAGCUGCAGCUGGAAUGCCUAAACUAGCUAGCUAGACAUGGGUGGUCUAGCGUGGGUUUUAGGUGUUGUGUAUAGAUUCAUUUUGGUACAGUGCAUUUGUAUCCUGAAAUAUGCAUAAGAUGGUAAGUGCAACUCUUACGGAAAACCUAAAUGUUACUAGUUCAGGCUCUUCAGAGAGUAA